AUUUGAUUUUGAUCAGCUGUAAAUUGCGCGCGUUAUCGGUUAACUUAAAAUAGAAAUAUUGUUGGAUAAAUCGCUAGUGCUUUAAUCUCAACAUGGUACCAAGUGCCAGGACAGCGCGUUUAGUCAGGGAAGUGAAGAACUUUGAAACAAAACCUCCAUGGGGAAUAGUUUGCCACCCAAGAGAGGAAGAUAUCUACGAUGUGUUGAAUUUCACUUUGCAAGGACCUAAAGGAUCGCCGUAUGAGAACGGAGCGUUUAAACUGACUGUUACAAUCCCACAGAAGUAUCCCUUCGAGCCUCCACUCGUCAAAUUCACUACGCCGGUGUAUCAUCCCAACAUAGAUAAAGGUGGCAGAAUAUGUAUGGACAUGUUGAAAAUGCCUCCUAAAGGGGCCUGGCUGCCCACAAUCACACUGGAGACGCUGCUGGUGUCACUACAGACCUUACUGGCCAAUCCAAAUCCCGAUGACCCUCUGAUGAUGGAUGUAGCCAACGAAUAUAAGUAUAACAUCGACAAGUAUAUAGACAAUGCUAAGAAACACACAGAGAAAUAUGCUAAAGGCUAAAUUACUUACAUAGUGUUAUUGUUUGUCACACAGUGUCCAUUUUUUUCAUGUAUCGUAAAUGUUUGUUUAAUUUAUUCCGUUUUGCAAUAAUAUUGUGACAAAUUCGGGCUGUAGUGAGCAUCACAGUGUUCUUAAUGUUUAAGAAUUUAUCUUUUAAUAUUUAGCAAAGCUAAGGCAACUAAUUAUUACAAAAUUUUGUUGAUUACCCUCAAAAAAAAGUAUUCUAUAGUAGGUAAGAUAUUCCACGCUUCAUUGAGAUUUCCACUAUGUUUCCGAAGUAUAAAUCUUAGUACUUGUUAAAGAAAGACUAUUUUUGCUUGAUUAUACUAAGCCACUAUGGCUAUAUACUAUCUUGUUUUCUUCUUCUAUGUAUGUGAUAUAAAAUAUUGCAUUUAACUGUUACAUCAUGUAAAUAAGAGACUGGUAUUUUAAUAAACAUUUCUUUAAUAA